GUGUCUGUGUGGAGGCGUCGGAGGGCCUAGGUCGGUGUGCGGUGCCCUUCGGCCGGCCUGAGCCCCAAAGUCAGCUCCCCUUUCUUGCCCAGCGCCCCCAGGUCGCUCCCGGGGCUCACGUGCCUCCAAUACACAAUAAGAUACUUUCAUUAUAGAGAGUGGCUGUUACAUGGCCUGGGACCAAAGAAAGCAUUUAUUGUACAGGCCAGUGCUAGGCGGAUUGGAGGUUGUUGAAUUGAAUUGUGGAGAAUUCGUUGUAACCACCUCCAACAAAGCUGUGUUACUGUGUAUGCUGGCCAGAUGUGGAGAAAUAGCUUUAUUACAUAGAGAACCAUAAUGAAGAUUUGCCCCACAAUGUUUCUCCAGGAAUAGUACAGAAAGAGACAUCAUAAUACAUCUCCUAGGACUGAAAAUUGAACACAGACCCUGUUUGGAUCAAGUCAGUUCCCUGAGCCUGAAAGAUGACUGCUGAAUCAAGGGAAGCCACAGGUCUGUCCCCCCAGGCUGCACAGGAAAAGGAUGGUAUUGUAAUAGUGAAGGUAGAAGAGGAGGAUGAGGAAGAACACAUGUGGGGACAAGAUUCCAGCCUGCAGGAGACACCUCCCCCAGACCCAGAAAUAUUCCGCCAACGUUUCAGGCGCUUCUGUUACCAGAACACUUUUGGGCCUCGAGAGGCUCUGAGUCGACUGAAGGAACUUUGUCAUCAGUGGCUGCGACCAGAAAUAAAUACAAAGGAGCAGAUCCUAGAGCUGCUGGUACUGGAGCAGUUCCUUUCCAUUCUGCCCAAGGAGCUCCAAGUCUGGCUGCAGGAAUACCGCCCAGAUAGUGGAGAGGAGGCUGUGACCCUUCUAGAAGACUUGGAGCUUGAUUUGUCGGGACAGCAGGUCCCAGGUCAAGUUCAUGGACCUGAGAUGCUCGCAAGGGGGAUGGUACCUCUGGAUCCAGUUCAGGAGUCCUCGAGCUUUGAUCUUCAUCAUGAGACCACCCAGUCCCAUUUCAAACAUUCAUCUCGGAAACCCCGCCUUUUACAAUCACGGGCUCUCCCUGCCACCCAUGCUCCUGCCCCUCCUUGUGAGGGAAGUCCCAGAGACCCGGCGAUGGCAUCUGCACUGCUCACGGCAGAUUCCCAGGCAAUGGUGAAGAUUGAGGACAUGGCUGUGUCCCUCAUCCUGGAGGAAUGGGGGUGUCAGAACCUGGCUCGGAGGAACCCCAAUAGGGACAACAGACAGGAGAAUUAUGGGAACGUGUUUUCCCAGGGUUGUGAAAGCAGGAAUGAAAAUGAGGAGUCAACCUCAAAGGCUGAGAAUGCAGAAGAUACAUCACAUGGGGAGACAGCAGGGAGAUUCCAAAAGGAGUUUGGAGAGAAACGUGACCAGCACGGCAAAAUAGAAAAGCAGCAGAAAAACCCUGAGGAGAAAACUGGAAAAGAAAAGAAGAAUUCAGGGCCAGCCACGGUCAAGGAAAAAAAAACCACCACAGGAGAGAGAGGUCCGAGGGAGAAGGGUAAAGGAUUGGGAAGAAGUUUCAGUCUGAGUUCAAACUUUACUACCCCUGAAGAAGUUCCGAUGGGAACAAAGUCUCACAGAUGUGAUGAAUGUGGUAAAUGCUUCACAAGAAGUUCAAGCCUUAUUCGCCAUAAAAUAAUCCACACUGGAGAAAAGCCCUAUGAAUGUAGUGAGUGUGGGAAAGCCUUCAGUCUUAACUCAAACCUUGUCCUACAUCAGAGAAUCCACACAGGAGAGAAACCUCAUGAAUGUAAUGAGUGUGGCAAAGCCUUCAGUCAUAGUUCAAAUCUUAUCUUACAUCAGCGCAUCCACUCUGGAGAAAAACCUUAUGAAUGUAAUGAGUGUGGGAAGGCCUUCAGCCAGAGCUCAGACCUCACUAAACAUCAGAGAAUCCACACGGGGGAGAAACCCUACGAAUGUAGUGAAUGUGGAAAAGCUUUCAACCGAAACUCAUACCUUAUUUUGCAUCGGAGAAUUCACACUCGAGAAAAGCCUUAUAAGUGCACUAAAUGUGGCAAGGCCUUUACCCGGAGCUCGACCCUCACUCUUCAUCACAGAAUCCAUGCCAGAGAGAGAGCCUCUGAGUACAGCCCAGCCUCCCUUGAUGCAUUUGGAGCAUUCCUGAAAAGUUGUGUGUAAAACAAGAAUUUGUCAUCUGCCAUUCCCCCUUUUGUUUCUAAAUUAUUCAGAGAUGUGUGCCCAUGGAGGGAAAUAAAACAGCCUCAACAGAUUUUUUUUUUUAAUCAUACUUAAGUAUCCUCAUAGUUACAUCAGCAGUGUUCUGCCUUUGUAUAGUCUGAGCAGGCAAUUCUUCCACACAGUACCUGCAGGGAAAAGCUAGUCACAUGGGUAGUCUACAUGAUACUUUCACACAAGAUAAAAGCACACGCAUAGUAAAAUAUCCAGCUUUUCAGUAAUGAGGAUACCUUUAAGGCACUAUUAGACUCUCAGCAACCACAGCGUGUAAUUGAAAAAUUGAGAUUGGCUCCUUGCAUCUGAGGUUAAGAAGCUGCUUGCUGCAAGUAAGCCCUACUUGGCCAACAUCUUGCUUAUUUCUCAAAGAAGAGGGACAGUUAAAACAAAAACUACAUUGAGACAUGCUGCUUAAGCUAGUUAUAUAUACAAUAAGUUUUAUAUAUAAUCACUGGUAGCCUACCAAAGCUAUAGAAAUCUAGGACUGUGCUAAUCAGUAUCAAACCAAAGAUUUCUAUCUCUUCCGGGAAGAGAGGGUACGUGCACCAGUCUACACUUCCAAAGGACUACAACAAAUGUAGAUGGUUCUAUCCUCAUCGCUGAAAUCAGUUCUACUGAAAUGGCAACAACGAUUCAAAACACUUCUCUCCUUUUUUGAAAUCCCUAAAGCACUAGAGCACUCCUAAAAGCAUUUCUCCACAAAUUAGCACUUGAUUGUAUACUGUCUUUUAAUCACUGUUUCAUGUAUGAAGUUUUUAUCCCUCCAAAAGAGAUGCUUCAAUUGUCAAGGGUUAUAUUUCUAUCUCUGACAGCACAGCACUGGAGGUAGCGCUAAACAUGUAAGAGGCACUCAUUAUGACUGACUUCUAGCAGGACUUUUACAUUAUGAUAAAGCCCAAUAAAUGGUGAGUAGCCUGGCCCAACUUUUAAAAGAGGAUAUUCAGAGCCACACAAUAUGCUAAACCUCUAGGGUCUGAUAUUAUUUUUGUCCCAAAUAUAAAUGAAAGGCGCUGGUUAGCCACCUACCCAGACUUUGUAAACCUGGAUCAGUAAGUAAAUACCAUGGAAUGUCAGAAAUGACUCUGCUGUUGUCAUCUUAAAGAAGAAAAAUGAACACUGACUAAGGUCAAUUUCUUGACAUCUUUCUAAGACAAAAAUCUUAGCCAGAAUUCUCUUCAGUCACCUGCUGAACAAUAUGAUGACUUGGGCACUUUCUGAAUCACUUGGAAUUUAGUAAGAGUUCAGAAGAUGUGACUUUUGCUGCUUUUCAGGAAAGGGAAAGUUGUAAGGAGUAUUUUUUUUCUACACUUUUCCAGAAACUUUGCAAAAGCAUUAGUCAUCAUUAGCUGGCAAUUACUAAACAUAUUUUGUUGUCCUGAGACAUUCAACAGUGUACUAAGACGUGGACAGUUUUAUCAGUCACAGUACACAGUGUCUUUUCUGUUUCUCAUCACUAAAGACUGAAGUGAGGUUCUGAAACUAAUCUUUCUCAUCAGAUGUGCAGGAAGAUACAAUUGGCUACCUAAAAGCUGAUGACGGAGAUUGUUUCACACAUACAAGAUACCCAAGUAUUAUGGGCUAUGUAGGUAGCCAUCAAGGACUUGGGUAAUGAUAACUAAUGAGAGCAUUCAAAUGUGUGUGGACAGCCCUAUAGAAACUUAGAAACAGACUAAGAAUAAACCUGAAGAGUGUCAGUGUGACCACCCCCAUAAAGGGAGAACCCCACAAACAGUUCAAGACUUCUCUUCAGAAACAGUACUAAAACUGUCACUCAUCAGUUGUUUACCAGCCAACAGCUAAAGUCCGUGAAACGCAUGGUUUUAAUGCAGAGCCAAUGAGGUGAGGACAAAUGUGGCCUCAGCUCCAGACCAAACUAAAAUUCUGCAAGCAGUCAGUCUUUGGCCUCUCUGGCUUUAUUAGUUGGACCAAGCACAACUUCUCUAUAGCUUCUAAGCAGUUUCAUCAGUGUUGCCUGGGAAAACUUUAAACAGUAAGUUAACUGGUCACCAGAAUAUUUCUACCCAUUCAAGUGAAGAAAAACCCAAGAGAUACUCGGGAAGAGUAUAGCUAAGUAACUUUCAUAGAAAAAUGGAUGUAGAAGUGCUUUAAGGACUUUCUUCAAAGGGUGAGCCACAGUGAUGGUUACAUAGAAAAUAGUGCUUUUGAGCAAGGGCUUUUGCCCACUUGAAAGCAACAAAAAGUGAAGUGCAUAGCGCAAGUCUCCCAUCCAAGCUCUGGCUUUUUAAAGAGGGAAAUGACUUUUGACUUUGGUUUGUUUCAGACUGGCCUCUUUUUUAGCCACAACUACAUGCUGAUGAGAUUUGGCCAUCUUUUUUUUUUUUUUUUAAUUUUAUUUUUAUGUGAAAGUUAAAUACAACCUGAGCCCCGCAUUUAAUUCCCAUUUUCUUGGGACAUCUUACUUUGUUGGAUAGCCACUGGGGCUGCUUCAUAUCUUCAGCAGAUUCACUCCUUGAACAACUAUUUGAAGAUGUGUUUUCUGAGGAAAACAGGCCACAACAGUUUUUUUUAACCAUUUGCAUUGCAUUUCAUUUAUCAGAUGCCUAAUGCAAAGUGUAAUUAGGUCAUGGUCAAAAACACUUGGAACAUUUUAGGGCUCACCAUAGUCAUUCCAAAAGUUCUUGACUGGCUGAAGUCUGUUAACAGUUUAAGAACUCUGUAGUUAAUCAUUAACAUGCUAGUUGACCUAGUGGACAUUUUGGAAGAGUUUUUUAAAAAUACAUACCUUACCCUUGCCAGGAAAAGAAGUAAAAUUCUUCAAAUUGUGGGGUAUUUGUUUCUACUCCUGCCUGCAAGGCUAAAACCUGAGAAUAUAGAGAUAAGAGACAUCUUGAUAUGUAAGGCACUUAAAGGCAUAAAAGUAAAACUGUGCUAAAUAUAUGUAGAAAGAUUGAGAUGUUUGAUAUAUGGGACAAUUCACAUCUUACAUCAGAGAAUUUAUUCCAGAAAGGAACCUCUUGAAUGUGAUAAAUAUGGCAAAGCUUUUAAUCACAUCUCAGCCCUUAGCAUCAGAAAGCUUACACUGUAAAUAAACUUUAUUAAUAUUUUAUGUGAGGAGAACUUUCAUGUAUAGCAUUCAUUGCUUUGGACAGAAAAUGAAUUCCAUCAGGAUGUUCCAGUCAUAUGAUGUAUUUGAGAAACAGUGCAGAGGGAGCUCAGUCUUAACUCCAGAGGAUCUACCGAAGGAAAAAAUGUGGGGAAAUGCUAAAAAAUAAAAAAAAGCAAAAUGUACAACUUCUUACAAAAACUAUUAAUGUUGAGUACUUCUAUAUAUUUUAUAUGACCAUAAUGUCAGUCUGUGUUUUGUACCGCCAGCUCCAAUUGUUCUGUAUAUUACCUGUAAGCAGAUGAUGUAUUUUAUUUUAAUCUAUUUGACAGAACACAUCACUCCAAAAGAGCAAAUUUUUGGAGUGAGUAGUGAAGAAAUUAAUGUGGUUAUAGACAAAAAGUUCACAGAACUGAGAAGGGGGAAAUGUGGGGAAAAGCUUCAUAGUUUGGUGCUUAUCAAAUCAAGAGAAAAGAUUGGUAAAUUUGUGAGGACAAACAGGCUAAUGGGGCACUAAAAUGGAACAACUACUAUAAAUGUCUGCAGCUUGAAUUUUCAAAACUGAGAAGUUGACCUUUGAGCUGCAGGUCACCUUUGCAAGGAAAGGGAAUGGAUUCUCUUGUCGGUGGGGGAAGGAGGGUCUUCUCCAUGAGUUAAGAGUAGGAAGUGUACUAACUCUUUAAUUUUAUGCCUAGGAAAUUUGGGACAGGGAAAUGCCAAGAUGGGCUUUUCCAAGAAAGAGGCACAGCUCCAUCAACUGUGGAUUGUAGUAAGCUUAUCUGAUAAGGCUUGAGAAGCAUUUUGCAGUACUCCUUUUGGCUGUGCUUCCUGUGUACCUUUCCUGCUCCACUUUUCCCCCCUGGAUUUGUGAUCAUUGGAAAAUAGGGUUGAAGCUUCAUACCUGUGAAAGAUUUUUGUUUUUAAUUUUUAUCCUAGAGUUGGUCACUUUUAUUCUAAGUAGUCAUGCUGAUCUGCUUAUCCAAAGCCAGCUAACCAGGUUUAUCCUGCCAUCCUCAUGGAAGAUUUUAUGUAAAAAUUGGAGUAAAGUAUAGAAAUAUAGUCAAACAGUGACAGCAAUACUUGCCAGAGGAGCCAUAUUUUUGUGUGUCCCACUCUGAGCAACUUCUUAGAAAUAUUUAUGAGGGGCUGGGGAUUCCCAUCAGGGAAAUCAAAUGAAGGUCUGCAGAUUUUUAAGUGAGAUAUAGAAUGAGAGAAAAGAAAAUUAAGUGGUACUACACCACUUAAUUUAUACAGUAGAUCAUUUCAUAGAAAUUAGGUAGAUUUUUAUUUCAACUACUACUGGAGAAUUUAAUAAAAUGCAUUAUUUGAAAAUUUUUCCUAAUGUAGGUUUAGGUUUCGUUUUUAGAAUGGAUACACUACUGUACAUUUAAAAGCAGUUACUUAUUUUGCUAUUCAGAUUAAUUUUUUAUUAUAUCUGAAGAUGAAAUUAUUUGUUUUACUUUUCAAAAGCUUUGUGAAACAAACUUGAAGUUAUAGGGAGGUAAGCCAUCUCCAAUUCUGCAGGUCAAACAAAAGUCUGGGAAAUAUUUUGACAUCCCAUAAUACAGAAUGUCUUAACCUGAGAACAUAAUUUCAUUUUGUCUGGUUCCAUUUAAUAGUGAACACCACCAAUCUCAUGUUUUUUCUGUUACCCCAAAACAGUGACAGGGAAAGAGUGGGUGUUACGUAGACCUCUAAACCACGGUCUGCUGUGAUUUUUAUCUUUGAGAUUCUCACCUCCAUUUACUAAAGAAUCAUGACUCCAAAUGACUCAGUAAUCAGGAAAUUCGUUGGUCUUUAAAUGUUCUCCCUUCAGCAAGCACUCAUUAAACAAUGAGGCUGUUCAUGAUUUUAAGAUACAGAGAAUGAGAUCUGUGAUUGAAAGGUGGUAUUAGAACUUGGAUUUCAUUCCAGUUUUAGGUUUGAGUUUUAAGUUCCUUUGGUCCUAAAACCAAAGGGACCAGGCAGCUGCAACGACCCUGAAUUGCUGUCUAUCAUUUAGUCUCCUGACAAGGUUAGGUGUGUUAGGAAGCAGAAGUGGGAAGAGAGUUAUAAACAGCCCCUCUAGGCUGGGGAAGAGUAGUUAGGAGGCCUGAGGAGUGAGAUAGGGGAGACUGGGGGGGGGGGGGGUGUUGGGGUUAGUGCUCACUUGCCUUUCCCUCACCUAGACCAGGAUACAGCAUCCAGCUGCUUUUUAAAGUUUUUAGUCUGCCCUAGCAAGGACAAAGCAUGUUAGAUGUAGAGAUGCUUCUGCUGGUAGCAGGGGUUAUUUGAAAACAUAUGUGAGGGGGGUGGGGUGGGAGGAGGCAGAUUGUGAUUAUGCAGAAAAAUACCGUCCUAAAAAUAUAUGAGUUUAGGGGGAAGGGGUGGGAUAUUCAAGCAAAAUCAGUAAUUAUUUUAAAAUGAGCAUAUGUAUUUUUAUUAACUUUUAGUUAAUAUAGAUUACAACCAGGUCAACAUAAACCUAAAUCUAUAUAGAGAGCUAACUCAGGCAUUGUCUUGUUUAUUUGUAGACUGGAUAAAACAACCUGUACUGUUUUAUCAGUUCCCAGUGUCUUUGUUAAAAAUAAAUUAAACCAAAACAAGAAA